UUUAUAUGUAAUUAUAAUAAAGUCAUAUAAGAAUGCAGUGCCAGGUACAAAAUCAGUAAGAGGUGCAUAUCCAAGUCUAAAGAACACAGCAGAGAAUUAGGACAAACCAGAAUGUAUGUACUACUACUGCUACUGUCUUUGGCAAGUAUUCUGCUUAUUUUGUUUUACCUGCAUUUCCGAUGGCAAUACAGAUAUAUUUUGGCCACAGCCAACAAACUGCCUUGCCCACCCGGAUGGCCCCUCAUUGGCAACGCUCUUUUUCUCCUAGGGGAUAUUACUCGUACAACUAAAGCUCUGUUCAGUUCUUUCACAGAGAGUAAAAAGCAUUUCUGCCUUUGGCUUGGACCUGUACCAAUAUUUGUGAUAUCUGACCCAUCCGAUGUACAGAUUAUCCUGAAUAGUAGUAGCAUACUAGAAAAGGACGAGACGGCUUACAAAUUUCUGAAGAUCUUUGGAAAAAAUGGUUUAAUAACUGCACCUGUUUCAAUUUGGAAGAAGACUCGGCGUUUGAUCAAUCCAGUUUUUACCCCACAAACCAUUGAGAACUUCCUGCCAGUAUUUAAUGACGUGAGCAGAGAAUUGAUCCAAGGGAUUGACGUCGAAGGCGAGAUAUUUGACCCUUCUGAUUUGCUCUCUAAUGCGGCGCUAGACGCUAUAUCAAGAACUAUUCUUACCAAAAGACCUAUGGACAAAUCAAUUAUGGAAAUUGUUAGGACAGGAAUGCAUACUAUUGGGAUUAUGACACAUGAAAGUACUUACAAGCCAUGGCUACGCAUAGAAUGGAUCUCCAAGCUACUAGGAACCAAAGUUAAUUACACACAACAGCUAUAUUUGGAAGUGACAGAGUAUUUUGAUAAGGUCUGGAAGGAAGAACUCUGUCGUGAAGAAUAUUACCAAAGACAAACUUUUGGAAUUAAGGAAUCCAAUUACAAAACUCUUCUGGAUGUAUCCAUGGAUAAUCCGUCUGUCGCUGGCGAUGAGUAUGACUGGAGGGAUGAACGGCAUACCAUGCUAGCUGCAGGAUCGGAAACAGUCGUCUCAGCUCUUUCAUUUUUGUCACUCACUCUUGCAAACCACCCAGAUGUGCAAGAAAAAAUAUACAGAGAGAUCCUGCAGAAAGUUGAGGACCCAAGUAAUGUCACUCUCUCUGACCUGAGAUCUUUGACAUACAUGGAACAAACUCUCAUGGAAUGUAUGAGGCUAUAUCCAAGUGUUCCAGCCAUUUUAAGGAAAGUUGCUAGGAACACGAAACUAUCUAGGUUUACGCUGCCAGCAAAUAGUCGUGUGCUGAUUCCUUUCUACGCCAUGGGCCGAGAUGAGGAGCAGUUUCCUGAACCUGAAAGAUUUCUGCCAGACCGUUUCUCGCCAGACGCUUUAUCAGGAAGACAUCCGUAUGCUUUCCUCCCGUUUAGUGGUGGACCACGAAAUUGCAUAGGAAAAAUAUACGCCAUGUUCCUCAUGAAGACAAUCAUGGUGCAUUUGCUUACAAAUUACAAACUGCACAGCAAUGUACGUAUGUGUGACGUAGAACUUGCCAUCAGGAUUGUCCUAACAACUAAUACGAAGCUCCUCAUACGAUUUGAAAAGCGAUAAUUUCUUUUUAAAUUAAGAUAUUUUUAAGUCUAGCCUUUCUUAUUAUUAUUUCACCAUUCAUAAAUUUAAGGUGUAAUGUACUAGUAAACAACUUAAGUAAGUAUAUGAGAAAUUUCAAUUCGGGUAAUCAUUGAGGAGUGGUAUAUAUGUAUAGUAAAUUACCUUUGACAAUGUGUUUUUGGAGCGACCCCACCCUCAAGGGAGUGACCAAUCAAGCCAAUCUUCCUAAAUGUUUUUUUCCCCAUCCUCAGAACGUGUAUCACCAGUUUCAUUAAACUUUUACUGACGAUUCAUACUGCAAGGGGCAGGCCAGAGUAACCAGUAACGGGUAUACCCCCAGGGAAAAAUUUUCAUACCCCAUUACCCUAAAGCCCGGUCUCCGUUUUCCCGUCCGUGACUACAAGGAUGAACAGGGGCUCGCCCGUGACAACGAAGAGUCCGACCUCUGCGUCAUAUCACACUUCCUGAUCAACUACCGAAGUGGCUGGCUCCAUUGGAAGAACUAAUUCAAACAGCUUACCGUCUGGAGAGGUUCCAGGAUUCCUGCAGUUGGAGACUACCAAGAUCAUGCUUGACAGUACCGCUCAAACCUCAGUCUACCUCUUUUAGGAAGACGAAGAUAGAAAAAAUAGUAAGGAGUGGGAGUGAAAGAGAUAAAUAGAAGUUGAUAGAUGAGAGAUAUACAUACUGAGUAUAAUGUUAUGAUAUUUUUACGUUUUUUCACACUUAAAUGAACGGUAUACGUGACAUUUGCCAUUAAACCUCAGAAAAGCUUCUUACUAUUAUACAAGGUAUUGUGACUUACUCCCAAAUUGUCUAUAGUAGAACAAAAAAGACGUAAGAAAUAUUAGUUUUAUAUCAUAAUGUAAGUUUAAUGGUUAUUAAAUAUUGUUAUAUUAGUAUUGAAUGUCACAAGUUUUGUGAAACAAAAAGAAACUUUAAAACUAUUAAUAAAUAUAAGAUUUAGGAGAUUUGCCAUCAUUAUAUGUUACUAAAGGUAUAACAUAAUGUUUCGAGCAUUGAAAUACAUCUUCUUCGUCAGCGUUAAACUAUACUUAGAUUAAUUAAAAUAAAUUCUUUGUUUAAAGUUUGAUUUUUAACGAUGGUUUGACGUUUAAAGUAUAACAGGAUCUUAGAGAUUUUCCUUCUUGAUUUACAUUGAAAAACGUAUAAUCCAUCGUCAAUAACAAUCUUUAAACAUUGAAUAAAUGCUUGUGUUUGUAAAGUUCUAGAAUAAAAUUAUAAAAAAGAUCUGUUUUGUGAAAGAAGCAUAAGAUGAAAGCGUAAUGAAGAAAAUCACAAUUAUUCUUGAUAUGAAUGAAGAAAAAUCUAUUUGAAUGAAACUGUUAGAUGUUUUCUCCUUCUAGUGUAACUGUAUACACAUAAUAAUAAUUUUGCUAAAUAAGGUAUUUAUUACAUUCGACUAUUAAUAUUUACUUUAAUAAUUGUAAUUAGUUUAUUUAAAAGUCAUAUAUUAAAGCAAAUAUUAUUUAAUCUUAGUUUUGUCAAAUUUCAAAAGUAUUUCGCAUGAGUAGCCACAUAACAAUAUAGAUAGAAGAAGAAUUUUUCUAGUACAACUAGUUCAGUUAAAUGUAUAAAAUUUCAUGAUUAUAGCUCAAUUAAUUCCUUAGGUGUCACAAUUGUUAUAGGCUUAGCUACCGCUCAUCCAAAUCUCCUCGAAGUAAAUGCACCAUAUAUAAACUAAAGGACUGCAUGUAUAGAAGACUCACAACGACAUAUUGAAAAACCUGAUAUUAUCUAACAAAAGCCUUACAUAAUAACCCAAAAUUUUAAAUUGUUAAAUACUCUUAUUAUAUCACCAAAUGUAUGUACCUGUAUGUAUUUAUAACAAUGCAUGACGGACCACAUUGGUCUGUUAAGAUAUGGGUUUAACCUGUAGUUAUCUAUAAUUCAGACUGAGCUACAAAAUCAAUAUAAAGAUUUUCGCUAACGCUGAACCAAAUUCCAUUAAGUGACAUGUAUCACAUUCACAUAAAUAUAAGCUUUAUAAAAACUUCAUUCAAAAUUUACUGUCUACAUGUCACUUCGUUCUCUAGGUUUUUUGUUAAAUUUAAUUCAUAGUAUCGCAAGCAUAAAACCUAAUUAGUUAUCAGUUGAUUUGUAAUAAAAAAAUUCUUAUCAUAUUACAUUGAUUUUCAUCGACUACUAUGGAAUAAUAGUAAACUAAUCUAUCAAUAUCAUAAUAAAAAGUAUAUAGAACAUUAAAGACACUCAUUAUCGGUUGAAGAGAUUUAAUCAAAUAUUUGGUUUCUUGCAUAUAAUAAUUUUUAAUGGUACACAAACAAACACACUUACGUGUGUGUGUGUAUGUGUUUGUGUGUGUAUACAUGUGAGUUUAACCAGUUUAAAGCUCUUCUGAAGUACCUACUGGUUUCAAAUGCAUUUGAUUCUGUUCAAUAGUUCGUGGCUGGGCGCUGCUCGGAGAGUUAAAAUUUAAAUAUAACCAUCAAUAUUUAGAACCCUGAGUCUCAUUUUGAAUGAUUGUAGUAGUGAAUGAGUAAGAAUGUUAUGUCUGUAUGUUUAUUGUAAGAACGAAUAUGUAUAUUUAGGAAUUUUAUAUUAAACUGACCAUUGAAUCCAAUGCGUGAUAGAUGUAAUGCAAUAAAAUCGAUUAUUAUUAUAAUUAGUAGUGUGCAUAUUUAAAAUGAUUACAAAAAAAUAAGGGUUU